AUGAUAACUUACCAAGAACCCUAUAGAGUGAAAACGAAUACAUGGUGCCUGGCAUUCCCGCCGCGAUGUACAGAAUGGAUUACAAAAUACCGUCUAGGAAGGAAAGUCCGCUCUUCUAUAGCUUACAAAAAAGUAGCCAAAUGUUGUGCGAAUUACGAAGAGGUUGAUGGCCGUUGCCACCCAAUAUGUCAAUAUGGCUGUAACAACGGCAUUUGCCUGGCUCCAAAUGUCUGCCACUGUCAUCCAGGAUGGAGAGGACACACCUGCGCUUCACAUUGUUCUCCAGGCACUUGGGGAAUCAACUGUGUUGAGAAAUGUGACUGUAACGGACAUGGUACUUGUGACCCGAUUUCUGGGAUUUGUCAGUGCGUACCAGGUUGGACUGGAGGCAAAUGUCAAUCGUCAUGUCCUGAGGGAACUUACGGAACAAAUUGUCAGUCAGUGUGUCGAUGUAAAAAUGGAGCCACAUGUGAUCCAGUGAAUGGAGCAUGUCAGUGUCGCGCAGGAUUCAAGGGUUCCUUGUGUGAUCAAGUAUGUCUUGUUGAUGGCGAAGACUGUUCUUCUCCAUGUCAAUGUCAUAACGGUGGUACAUGUCACCCAGAAACUGGCUUAUGUGAGUGUCCUCGAGGAUGGAUGGGAGACAUCUGUUCUCUACCCUGUCCACCUAACCAUUACGGUCAAAACUGUCAACAUACUUGUUAUUGUAACAACGGAGGAACAUGUGACAUUAUAACUGGCGUUUGCCAUUGCCCGCCGGGGACGAGUGGAUCAAGGUGCCAAAUCCAAUGUCCUGUUGGUACUUGGGGUCUGAAUUGCUCAAAUAACUGCGAAUGUAGAAACGGAGCAUCUUGUUCACCAGAAGACGGAUUCUGUUUGUGCCCUCAAGGCUUCCAUGGAAAGUUCUGUUCCGACAGAGUAUGUUCACCAAUAACCUAUGGUAUCAAUUGUUCGUACACGUGUAUUUGUGAUUGGCAAAAUACGAAAAGGUGUCAUCCGGGAACAGGAAGGUGCGAAUGUAACAGUGGAUUUAAAGGAGAUAAGUGUCACCAACCAUGCCCAGCACCAUUCUAUGGAGAGGAAUGUACUCAUGCAUGCAAGUGUAAAAAUGGUGGGGAUUGUGAUCCUGUAACAGGGGUGUGCACCUGUCCCCCGGGUUGGACGGGUGAACAAUGUGAAAAGGUGUGUGAAAAAGGGACAUACGGCAUAGGGUGUGCCCAGAAAUGUGCAUGCAAAAAUAAUGGCACUUGCCUUCCGGAUUUUGGUUACUGUGUCUGUACUCCAGGCUGGCGGGGUCAUAUGUGCGAAGAACAAUGUCCAGGCGAAUUGUAUGGCGUGAACUGUAGUAAUGUGUGCCAUUGCCGCAACGAUGCUUCCUGUAAUCACGUGACUGGUGAAUGCCAAUGCAAACCCGGAUAUAAAGGGCUGCGCUGUGAUGAACCAUGCCCAAAUGGUCGUUUUGGUGCCAAUUGUCGACAGCAAUGUCCCUGUACAGCAUCCAACACACUGAAAUGUGAUUCGGCAACAGGUCUCUGCAUAUGUGAACAUGGCUGGACAGGUGUGUUUUGCAAUAGUACAUGUCCAGAUGGUAUAUGGGGCCGAAAUUGUGACAAAGUGUGUACCUGUAGUAAUGGAGGAUCUUGCGACAUGUAUACUGGCAGAUGCCAUUGUCAACCUGGUUGGAUAGGUGAAAACUGUGAUCAAGAAUGCCCUGCAGGUCAUUAUGGCUUCUCUUGUGAACAGCAGUGUCCAGCUUGUCCAGAACAUAAUGGAGACGUCAGGUGUAACUUGCUCACAGGUUUAUGUACCUGCCCACCUGGUAAAAUCGGUUACCUUUGUGAUAAAGAAUGCCCUAAUGGUACAUACGGAAUGCGAUGUCAAGAAAGAUGUCAGUCUUGCUAUAAUGGGGCCAAAUGUGAUACUGUCACUGGAUUUUGUAAAUGUCUACCCGGAUGGAUGGGCCAACAGUGUAGAAUUGAAUGUCAAAUGGGUUAUUACGGUGAAGAAUGUAAAUUCAAAUGUCAAUGUAACAACGGCGGAAAAUGUCGGACGUCUGAUGGAACGUGCCAGUGUAUGCCAGGGUACACUGGGCUUCAUUGCAAAGAAAGUUGUCCGUAUGGCCGUUAUGGGUUCAAUUGCGAUCACAGAUGUGACUGUAGCGAACACGAAUACUGUGAUUUUAUUCUUGGUUGUACAGCGAAUGCUGUUCAUGCUGCAUACGGCAAGGCUGCUCGUGAUCAACCGUCAGUGAGUGCUACGACUGUUGUGCUUUCAGUUCUGUUGGCUGUCUUGCUUAUAGCCCUUAUAGCGAUGGCGUUCUAUUACCGAAAACGUUUGAGCACUCUUGGACAGCAAGCCGCUGAAGGCGCGCAAAGGGUUUUAAAACCAAAACCACCAACACAAGUUGGAAUCGACAAUCCUAUUUACGGUAUGCCUUCACCGAACAACACCCGGAUUCCUAUUUCGGCCCCGCUUCCCCAAGAUGGGGCACCAUAUAACACUAACCAAAAUAGUACAGGUGGACCACCAAGCCCUAAUCUGCAUUUGAAUGCUCACAAUGUGAUUCCGAAGCAGAUCAAUAAAAACAUCAACGAACUCGGUAUUUCAGCUGCUGGGAACGCCGACCAAAACAAAGUGGACAACAAACAAAUUGAGAAGAAAAUGUUGAGUAACAUUGUGGACACAGGAUUUGCGAUACCAGUCAAAGUUGUUCUCCCACAUGAUAGUACUGAAAGCUCUGAUGACUAUUUCUAUGACAAAUCGAAACUAGAUGAACCCGAAGAUGACACGGUUGACAUCAGUGAUGAUGAUGCUCCACCCAAAUACCCUAAACCACCAAUAGCACCAAAACCUCCCCGGCCACCGGUAGCCAGAUUUUGA